UUAUGGGACAUCAAUGAGGUUCGCACCAUUACGUCACGUGUGUGUUGGUCUAACUUUGUCGCGUCGUUCUUGUGCGCACAGCAGUUGUCGCCUUUCAAAAUGUUUAAUUGAUCAAAGAUAUUAAUAAUUCAUCGGUAAAUUCGAUCCAGCAAAAUGUCUAUCAUCGAUGAUUCAGAGGCUAUUUCCUUCGAAGUAGAGGACUUCCAGGUGUUGGACGAGUGUGAGGGGGAAGACGAGACUCCUCAAAGCGAUGAAAUCCCUCUGAAAUCAUACGGGAACGCCUCAAACAUGGAGACUGUGGACAGCGAAGAGAUAGACUUCACAGCUGAUCUUAAUCUGGACCAGCUGAAUGAUCAAGACGUCAUAGAACAUCUGAACGAGAUUGAGAACAUUGUCCUAGACCCCAAGAGCUUUGGUCUCGAUACGAGUGAGGAGUAUAAAUCCAAAGAUAAUGACGAAAAACCCGCUGAUAGUGCUGAUGAUUGCCCUGAUAUCAUUCUCCUUGAGCCCGACAAAUCUGAUGAUCCUGCCCUUAGCGAAGGAGGCGAUGACGAGGGAAAAGAUGAGAAAAGUAUGAAAAAGAAGGAGGAGGUGGUGAUCAAUCCAGAGUACGAGUGGUACGAGAAAAAACUCGCCAUGAAGGUCGAAACCGUGAAGGACAGGCUAGCAAAGCUCGCUAGAGUCCUCGAGCACUCCUAUCCGUGCUACAAAGGCUAUCUCCAACAGCAAGCGAAAAAAAAUUCAACAGCUGUAUGUAAACUAGAUCCUCCUCGUCGAUGUCCCCUGGAUAGGCCCCACACCAAUCGUUGGAAAUUCAUAUGCACUAGAAAGCCUCUCGAGGAAACAGGCGAUACUAAGGAGGAGUGCAAGGAUGACAAUACUGUUACCAAGAUUGUUAAAACAGUAUGGCGAUUGGCAGCAUCUGGUGAUUCGAUUUCCAAUGCCAAUGCAUUGCAAACCAAUCCACCAUUUGUUAUGCAUGCUGUUAAGAUAUUUGAAGACUUCAUCAACACCGAGACAACAAAUGAAGAUGAUAAAAAAACAACGGGAGAUGAGAAUAAAGAAAGUUUAGAUGGAAAAGAGACGUGGCUGUGGCUGCUUGUACGUAGCAAUAGCAAUGAUGAACUCAUGCUCUUUGCUACGGGUAAAGAGAUAUCUCAAAGUAGGAUGGAGGAGCUUAAAAGAAUUUUCGAGAAUGGCGAGGGGCGGGAGUGCAAAGUUAAAUCACUGUACUGCAAGACUACCUCCAAAGUCGAUAAUUCAGUCGCCACUCAGACAAUCUUCCUCUCCGGUGCUGAGGCACUCGACGAGAAAGUCGGUGAUUUGAAGAUUCAGUUGGCACCGAAAACAAAUUUUUGGUCCAAUACUACUGGGGCUGAAGAGUUGGGAAAAGCAGUGAGAGAUCUUUUGGAUCCGUCAGCGGACACAACUGUUAUCGACAUUGGAUGUGGAUUGGGCCUCAUAUGCCUUAUGCUAGCUUCGAAAUGUGGAAAAGUCAUCGGUAUGGAUUCUCAAUCAGAAGUAGAAGAGGCGGAGAUGACCUGUGACUUGAACAAGAUAAAAAACGCAACUUUCAUAAUCGGUGAUGCUCCGGACUCCAUGUCGAAGCUCCUGAAGGCAGUGGACAAUCGAAAAGCUUACGCAGUCAUAAACACCAACACAUCAGCAGCCCGUAAAAUCGAUGUGAUAUGGGGCUUGCGCAAGAUUCCCACCCUUCGUCGAGUGGUGAUGGUGACAACUCUCGCUAAGCCAUCAAUACGUUCAAUUUUGGAGCUGAUAAAUCCUUCGGUACCGGUACUGGGACGUCCUUUUGUUCCCAUGAAAGCAAUUGUGGUCGAUACAUUUCCAGCUGGUCAGCACUUUGAGGUGGCAAUACUGAUGGAGCGUCGGCCUGCGUCGUCGUUGAUCCAUGUGAAGCCCCUCAACGCGAAUUCAAUGCUUGAAAAAGCGAAUAGAUCAUUCACAAAGGGUGAUAACAGCCGUACCAAUCAGAACUCGCCAGGCGAAAAGCCAGUAUCAACGCCAAAAGCUGGCAGUUCACAGUCGGUAAAACGAUUUCCACCACGUCGUACUCAGCCUGACAAGACCCUCGUCAAGAAUCCCUUCCACGACAAACUCUCCCCCAAGGUCUCAGCCAGGCCCUCACACUCGAAGAAUCCCCCUCCCCCGAUUCCUCGUGCAUCGCGUCCCCCGAAACCGAUCCUGAAGAAACCCCUCAAGAGGAGUCACAAUGACUGUGAGAACUUCAAGAUUUCGGUGCCAGCCAAGCAACCACGCACCUCUAUGACUGACCCCAAUGACCUCAGAUCCCGUCUGAAUCAUCAUCGUUCAGAGCCAGAUCUGGCGCAGCAGGUGAGGGACCAGCAGAAAAUUUUGGAGGCUGCGAAAACUAAGCUCGCAUCGAGCUCUGAUCCAACGACAGCUCGUCAACUGCAGGAAAUUCUCAAUUUGGCACUUGAGCAAACGAGUAAUAUGCAGAAUCAACUGCCAAGAUCGGUGUGGGACAGGAUAGCCCCUCCAGAGGCUUCGGCAUCUCCCAAUCAUUCUCACAAUGAUAUGCCAUUGAAGGGGAGUUUUGUAGAGGGCAGAGGAGGACAGGACAUUGUCAUCACGACACCAAAUGCUAAAUUCAAUGACUCAGGAUUGAGAAAAUUUGAUAAUCUAGCACCGGCGAAUCCCAAUCAGCUGAUGCCCAGUGGCUACACUGCUAUGAGGGACAGGAAAAGUGGUGGUGGAGAGAGGGAGGGAAGGGAGAAGCUCUAUAAUAGGUCUGGUGAAAAAUGGGGGACUGGUGGGAGGGGUAGACCCUCCAGAAGGUCGGAUCGGUUUUCACCGAGACGUGGGAGCUCACCUAGAAGAGGAGCCAGUCCUCGUAGGGGCCUCAGUCCACCCAGGAGGGUCUUGAGUCCAAGGAGGGGAUCGAGCCCCGCUCGGAAGACUUAUUCGUCAUUAGAGAGGAGGAGGAGUCCACAGAGACCUCAUAUGUCACCGCUGAGGAGAUCCUCACCGCGGAGGCCGAUGAGCCCCUCAAGAAGAUUUAUGUCCCCCUCCAGACGGCAGCUGACUCCUAGACGGGAUUUCGAUGGCCAGAGGAAAUCGAUGGCCAUGGACCAGACGGAGAUCAUGAGGAGACAGCUGUCACCGAGGAGGGGACUUUCACCCCCCCAGAGGGGAUUGUCACCUCCUCGGAGGCAACCAUCACCCGCUAGGAGACAACUGGCAACGACCAUCACACCGAUGUUUGGGGAUAAGUGGGAUAUACCAACUAGGGGAGCUGUGGAGCAACAGAGCAACUGGCAGAGGCAAAAUGAGAGACAGGGGAAUGCUGGUUGGAGUUUUCAGUCGGGCAAUGAUGGCGUCAGAUCGGGACAAUUAGAUAGGGGUUCUCUUGAUCGGGGAGUUCUCGAGAGGGGCCCACUAGACAGAGGGCUUCUAGAUAGAGAUUUUAUGAAUAGGGGGAUGAUCGAUAGGAGUCAUAUGGACAGAGGAAGUCUAGAGAGAGGGGUUUUAGAAAGGAGAGCCCUAGAACGGGGCCCCAUGGACAGAGGAAUUUUAGACAGGCGGCCCAUCGAGAGGAGAUCUCGAGAUAGGGGACUUCUAGAGAGAGGUACUCCAAGUAAGGGACCCCUAGAGAGAGGCGUUCUAGAUAGGAGACCCUUGGAGAGGAGUCCUCUAGCCAAAGGACCUCAGGAAAGAGGAGUUCUAGAUAGGGGACUCAUGGAAAGGGUGCCUCUCGACAGGGAGCUCCUUGAAAGGAAUAUGAUAUCCGGUCCUUCAGCCAGAGCUGACAACAACUGGAACACCAAACCGAGUUUGAAUGAAAAUAGGUGGAGUGGAGAGGGAGGCCCUCCUAAUAAUAGUCUCUGGGAUAAUAGGGGAAAUGAGAGCUUCCCCAGUGGUGGAGGCGGGAAGAUGUGGGAGGGAGGCAAGGAGGAUUGGAAUGAUCUCCCCGAGGAUGCUAGGGAUCCCUGGGACGAUGGGGGGAAUAAAGAUAGGUGGCAGGGGCCAGGGAAUACCCCAAUAUGGAGUAUGCAGGGAACAACCGGGAGCGGACAAAAGUGGAAUCAGGGGCAGGGGAGUCAGGGAGGACAAUCUUGGACACAGAAAUCUAAUUCGUUCUCUGGGGGAUUCUCCGGAAGGAACCUCGGUGGUUUUAAUGACGGUCGAUAGGAUGCUAGGUCCCGGAAUGGGGAGAGGAAUUCAUGUUUUUUUUUGAUAAGUUUGAUGGAGUUUUGGAGAUAUUGAAGAUAUUCUAGUGAAUAAAUAGGACGAUUGUCUUCUCGGAUGAAUCGUUUUUGAUUUCUUGGACCUGUCGAGGGUGAGAUCUCAACAAAAACUAAUCCUUUAAUUUCAAACCUCCUAGAGAGGUUGUACAGGGUUUUGGAAGAAUGACAGAAAGACAAUUAUGUCUUCCUCCCUGCACCCAUGUUUUUAUAAAUGAUGGAAAAACUCGGCUGGCAUAGGGGGCUAGGGGAAUUUGAAGAUUUUUUUCAAUAAAUCGAUUUGUGGACAGUUUCUGCCAAUUUAAAGACUUGAAACAACUUUCGACGAAUCGACUAGUUUUAAAGUACUCAUGAAGAUAAAUAUCAGUGCAAUUGUUCAUUUUUGGAGGAAGUAAUUGAUCUAAUUUCAUACAAUAUCUGGAAAAUUAAUCCAGGGGUUUUCAAUUAAUGGAGUUCCAGGAUCCGGAGAAUUCCUCUGAGACUGUUGAAGAUUAAUUAUAAAAUCCUCUCCGACUCACCUAUGAGAAUGAACUCAUCUGCUUUGUUAUCAAUACAAUCUGUCGGGUAGACAGUAGUAGAUGUUUUGAUUUGGGUCUUGAAUGUAUAUUUUUAUUUCUCAGUUAUUCUUUCGUUUUCAUAUGUAAUUAAUAAAUGUUCGUUGAAUAUCCCACUGCAUAUCAACGAUAAUUUCCAGUUAAAUAUGAUUAUUCUUACAUUGUUGUGAGUUUAGUGGCAAUUUGGUGAAGUGUUAUUGAAUGGUUUUGGGAAGAUUAUUCCAGAGACAUUUGGAGUCUAGAGUUCACAAAUGUUUUGGCUUCUGGGGAAAAUCUGAAACAUUUCUUGCAAUCUUCUUCAAUGCUUCAUUUCCGGGGAGUGCCCAUCUUCAGAAGUCUUUUUGACAAUUCUUCGUAAAAAAAACUAUUAUAAUGAUUGAUUAAUAAGGAUUAAUAAGUAUGGCUUGAUUUUAUAAAUUUUUAUGAUUUUUAAAUUAUUCGUGCAUUUGCAUUGUUGGUUUUGAUUUGAAGCGAGAAUUUUAAAAACAAUGUUUUGAAAAUAAUUUCCCUGAAUCGUCCCACUCUCUGAUGACUGAAUUUUUUUCAUGAGUAUCACAACACCAAAGUAAUCAGCAACUACCAAACUCUUAACGACAAUCAAGAUAAUAAAAUGCCCAAAAAGUCAAUGAAUCGCUUGAUUAGUUAAAUCUUUAUUUAGCGAGAAAAUGUCAAACAAUCUUCGAAUCCCCACGAAUAUCCUGAGCAAUGUGAUAAUUUUCUCGUCCACCAAUCGACAACUGGGUAACAUCGUAAUGGCUAUCCAACUCGUGAGCUUACUAUUAAGUUCUCUUGAUAUUACUUCAUUAUAUUCUUGAGGAUGGUGGAGAUACAUGUACAGGUGUCAUUGAUCAAUAAAGAUUUUCCCACCAAAAAUAACAGAAUUAUUGAUUUAUUAUCAAUUAUGCAGUUCAAAUGACAUAUCAAAAUGUUGAGUUCUAUGUUUUACAGUGUUUUUGUUGAUUAAAUUAAUACAAUUUAAAUAAAUCCGUAGAUCUGCAAUGGACACCACCAACUUCACUGAUGAAACACAUUUAUGGAAAUAAAUGCAGGGAUUUACUCCACUAACUGAGAUAUCGUGAAUUUUUUUUUCAUGCACUCGGUGCAGAAUGGUGGAGAUUAAACAUCACAUAGUCUUCAGUGUUUGUUUAUUUUUUUGAGCUCUAGGUGUUUAGGAUCUCGUGUAUUUUCCCCAGAUGUGGAGCAUGAAUACGGAUGCGAUGAAGAGGAGAGACAUUACGAGGACUGGAACUGGUCCACUACAAAUGACAAAAAUGAAUUUCUUCGUUAAUUCAGCAAUUAGGCAUAAAAUUAUGUAUUUGAAAAAUUCCCUGGAGAUUUCCAUAAGAUAAAAAUUGGUGUUUUUGAUAUUUUAAUAUUCACAUUUCUCAUGAUUUUACCGACGCUGGGUGAUGAGACGAUAGUAUUUGCAUGAAAAAUCACGUAAAGUGAGUGACAAUUAUAGAAAAAAUAUUAAACUUGAAUCAGAUAACAAUGAAGUGCACUACAUUCUUAUUUUCAUAUUAAUUUUGGAUUUUUAAAGUCGAAUUCUCGUGACAAUCAUGAGAAAAUGAGUUCUUUAGCUACAGAAAAGUCUUAACGUUUUUUGGAGAAAGGUUAAAUUACUAAUAUAAAUUUGCUAAAAAUUAUUCUUACACUUUAAUUCCAGGGGAGUCGUCAGUGUAAAAUCUCCACAUGCCCCCGGAGCUGGUUCCAGUAUUUCUAUUCCUAGCGGAUGUUGCAACUGUCGUUUUUCUCUGUCUGACAGUUCCAGAGCCACUGGUUCUGGGUGCAGCAACAGCACGACUUGGAGAUUUUCCUCCAGAGCCUACUGAGGUUGCACUUGGAGCU